UAUGAUAAAGGUUUUAAUUAUUUUCUAUCAAUUAGUAAUAGUUUAGCGUUUCUAUAGCAUAUACCUGUAACUAACUCCCUCUUUCAUUCAAUUAUUUAGAAAAAGCGUUGAAAAAUUGGACCUUAAAAUUGGAAGUAAAAUGCCAAAAACUGUGUUAUACUAUUUCCCUGCGAAGGCUCUAGGUGAGCCCAUCCGCUUGCUGCUCGCGUAUAGUGGCCAAGAAUUCGAAGAUCACCGAAUUAAAUUCGAGGAUUGGGCAUCCUUCAAACCUAUGAUGCCUUUUGGCCAAAUGCCCGUGUUAGAAAUUGACGGUAAAAAGUUUGCGCAGAGUAUAGCCAUCGCUCGUUACCUUGGUCAAAAGAACGGGUUGGCGGGAGACAAAUUAGAAGAAAGUUUUGAAAUCGACCAGAAUAUAGAGUUUCUGAUUGACAUUCGUGACGAGGCAGCCGAAGUCCACUAUGAAAAAGAUGAAAAAUUAAAAGCCACUAAGUAUGAGGAUAAUCUCAAGAACAAAUAUCCGGCUAUGCUCAAAAAACUCGAUGAGAUCAUAAAACAGAACAAGGGUCAUAUUGCGGCAGGAAAGUUAACGUGGGGUGACUUCGUUUUCGCUGGUAGUUUCGAUUACAUAAAGAUGAUGCUCCGUAUGCCUGAUUUGGAAAAAAAGUACCCGAGUUUCAAGCAAGUCAUUGAUUCAGUGUAUGCCGAUCAGAAAGUGAAGACUUAUAGCGAGAAUUGCCCGAAAACUGAUUUUUAAAAUGUUCAAAUUUGGAAUACUUAUUGAUUUAGGUAUUUACUGGCCAGGUUUGUUUGGACGAGUGAAGUUCAGUUAUAGACUAAAUAGGAAUAAGUAAAUAAUA